CCGCCUGGUUCCUUAUAGCCCAAGGGGAGCCUGGAAUCCGGGCCGAGUGGUACGGACGUCGCCGAUGGAGACGGAGGACGCGGACCGCAGCUCUGCCCUUUAAACUGGUCUCAUGACUGCGCGCAGACUCAGAGGACCAGUCCCGUAGGACCAUAGGACCGGGACCACCAUUCAGGGGGAGAACCGCAUCCUGGGACGAGGAGAGGACGGACAGGAGCAACUGGAGCAGGACACCGCUUCCUCUCUCUCAUUGGCAGCUUGUUGAUUCACCUGCGGGCAGAUAUUGUGGACCUGCUGGAGGUCAUGGGUCGCCUGUUGGAGGUCUUCUUCUUCCUCUGGUUGGUGGAGCGAAGUGGCUGCAGUCUUCAAAACAGCAUGGGGGAGCUGCACACCAGGCUUGCCAUCAACCUCUACCAGUCCCUGGUAGAGACAGAGAACCGGUCCAACCUGAUCCUGUCUCCAGUCAGCAUUUCCAUCUCCCUGGGUCUGUUGCAACUGGGGGCCAAAGGCAACACCCUGGCCCAGCUGGAAGGGAAGCUGGGCUACAACGUCAAUGACGUCCAGGUGCGGGACGUCCUGCUGCACUCCCAGGGCGACUUGAGCAACAGCAGUCAGGGCAUGUGGCUCCAACAGACGUGCACACUUUUCAUCCAGAGUGGCGUGCAGCUCCUCACCUCCUUCACCCAGCAGGCUGCUGCAUGGUCCAACACUCGUGUGGUCCGGGCCAACUUCAGCGUGACCAAUCACAAUCGCAGUCAACAGGACCAGCUGAACCAGAACCACGGUGAAGACAGACAUGAUGUCUCUUCAUAUACUGUAUACCCGCACUUGUUUCUGAACUCUUUCAUGGUCAUCUUCCUCACAGAAGAGAUGGGAUCCUCCCAUUCCGGCAGCAGCAGCGGGGAGCUGUCAGGUUCCGGGGAGGCCCAGGCUGAUGCCCUGUGGUGGGGUCAUCGACUGCAGAUGGCACUGGUCAACACAGUGGCCUUCAAGGGUGUCUGGCAGAAACAGUUCCAAUUCACCAACACUCAGAACCUCCCCUUCAUCCUCUCUGAGGGAACCACCAUAAAAGUGCCCAUGAUGUACCAGGCCACAGAAGUCCGAUUCGGUCAGUUCAGAACCCAGAUGGGCCAGCGGUACACGGUUCUUGAGCUGCCGUACCUUGACCGCUCUUUGAGCCUUCAGGUGCUCCUGCCCAGUGAGAGGAAGGCCCCACUGUCCUCACUAGAGACCCAGCUCACUGCUCGCCAGCUGGCGUCCUGGGACGUCGGCCUUCGCAGGACCAAGAUGGACAUCUUUCUGCCCAGAUUUAAGCUGCAGAACAAAUUCAAUCUGAGGACAGUGCUUCCAGCGAUGGGCAUCAGUGAUGCCUUCAACCCAGCAGCUGCAGACUUUACAGGAAUAUCAGAUGAGGGUCUUUAUGUGUCGGACGCUUUCCAUGACGUCCGGAUAGAAGUGACGGAAGAUGGAACCAAAGGUGCUGCUGCCACAGCCAUGGUUCUCCUCAAGCGUUCGCGGGCCCCAGUGUUCAAAGCAAACCGACCUUUCCUAUUCUUGCUGCGACAAACUAAGACAGGGGCCAUCUUGUUCAUGGGUCGUGUGUUGAAUCCAGCCAGCCAGUCACCUUGAGCCUCCACCCUUUCUCUCUCUCUCUCUCUCUCUCUCCCCCACACAAACACUGCAUCAAAGUCUGACAACCACUAUUUAUUCAUGGACCAAGCAGAAGGGAACUUCUGCAAGAGGGACAAAA